AUGUUAAGAUCAAAAAAUGAAGAGAAACACUUUGAAGAGUACUCAAAAUGGAUAAAACGUAAAAUAAAAAAAAUAUCAAGAGAUGAAAUAAAAACAGCCAGGACAUACGAAGAGGUUAUAAACAAAUAUCAUAUAAAAAAAGUACCUCAGGUAUCAAACCUAUCAAACGAUAUAUCAUCUGAUUAUUUUUAUAAUUUUUAUUAUGAAAAGAAGCAACCACUUAUUAUAUCAAAAUUACAAGAUAAGAUAGGGCAAUGUAUAAAUAUAUUCAACAGUACAAAUAUUAUUAAACAUAUAGGAGAUACAAAGGUAAGUAUACAUGUAGGUCAUUCUAAAUUCUUAAACAAUGUAGAUAAAAAUUUUCGUUAUACAUUAUCUACGCUAAAAGAAUUUAUUGAGUUGAUUUCAAAAGAGGAUGAUAAAAAGGAAACUUUUAAAAUACAUUUUUCAAAAGACAAAAUCUAUAUAAAAUUUAAAAAAAAAAAUAAGAAAAUAAAACACACAAAUAUUUCUUCAUAUAAUAGUAAUAUAAAUGACAUUAUGGAGAAAAAAAAUGAAAAUUAUUUAUCUGAUGUUUUGAGGACAUCUUUAUAUAAAAAGCAUGAUUAUCAUAAUGAAAAAAAGGAUUCAAUAAAUAAUGUAUAUAAUAAUACUCAUGUGUAUUCUAUCGAUAAUAAUAAUUAUUAUAAUAAUAAAAAUUUGAAUUAUUAUUAUUAUAGAUCUCUUGGAGUAAACCAAUUUAAAGAUGUUUCAAAUAUUAAAAAGAUGAACUCCUUUAUUAAAGAUAAUUUUUUUUUACCACAAGCUAUAUAUCCUCCUUACCAUCUUUUUAAUUUCUUUUCCUCCAUAUUAAGAAUCGGACAAACGAAUUUGUUCAUAUGGUUACAUUAUGAUAUACCAGAUAAUUUUUUAAUACAAAUAAAAGGAAGAAAAAAAAUUUUAUUAAUACCACCAAAAUAUAUUCAAUAUUUUAAUAUCCUUGAUUCGUCUUCUUCUUAUAACUUAUUUCAUAUUUUAACAAAAAAAAAAUUAAAUAAAAGAGAAAAAUCCAUUAAGAAAAUAUUAUGUAAAUAUUCUUAUGUAGCAGAUUUAUAUGAAGGAGAUAUUUUAUUUAUUCCUUCCUUGUGGUUACAUUAUGUUUACAACAUGCCACCACAUACAUAUAUCAAAAGAAAAUACAAACAAAUUCAUCAAUUCUGUUUUAUUAAAAAGAAAAAAAAAAAAAAAAGUAAAAUAAAAUUAAAAAAUAAACAUAUAAAAGCAACCUUAAAUGAAAGGAAAAAAUAUAUACGCCUUUUUUCUUAUGGAUAUUCUAAAUUUAAAUUCAUAGGAAACAAUCAAAUUAAAAAAAAAAUAAAUAAAAUAUCACACAUUUAUAAUAAAAAACAAAAUAAGAUAUAUCUAAAAAAAAAUGAUUACUAUAAUAAUCAAAAUAAAAAUAAUAGUGAUAAUUUCUUGAUUAAUGAAGACGAAUUAAUAGAACAUUAUAAUCACUUAGAAAAUCCUUCAUAUUAUUUACAAAGUAAAUAUAAUAUAAACAACAACACAGAUAGUAAUAACAAAGUUAUAAAUAAUACUUCAAAAGGUAUCAUUUUUAAGGAAGAUAUUAUAAACAAAAAUAAUUAUCCUAUAAAUGUAGAGAAAGAUAUAUAUAAUCAUUCGCAAAAUAGAACAUGUAUAGACACCAAAUUAAAUAUAAGUAUCAAUUAUUUUUUUAGAAACAAAAACGAGGCUAUGAUUUUUAAUAAAAAGGAUUUAUAUGGAAAUCAAGAUAUAAAUGUAGCCAAUCAAAUUUUUAAAAAAAUUCAAAAGGAAAUAGAACCAUUAUUACAUAUGAAUCCAAAAUAUAAAAAUUUUUAUAUACAAAAAAUUAAGGGUUUUCUUUACGCGAACUUAGAUGAAGAUUAUAUAUAA